AAUUCACAGUGACUGGACCUGACCAUCCAGUCAUUGCCUCCCUAGGUGGGGAGGCCGUCCUGUCCUGUCACCUCUCCCCCAGGAUAAGCACUGAGAACAUGGAGGUGAGAUGGUUCCGAUCCAAGUACUCUGAAGUCGUGCACCUGUACCGUGAUGGGCGGGAUCAGUACAGAGAGCAGAUGCCGGAAUAUGGAGGGAGAACUGAGCUCUUGAAAGACAACAUCACCAAUGGGAGAGUUUCCCUGAGAAUACGCAAUAUCCAACCCUCCGACAAUGGGCAGUACACGUGUUAUUUUGAGUCCAGUGUCUAUUACGAAGCAGCUUUAUUGGAACUGCAGGUGGCAGGUUUGGGCUCUGAUCCUGACAUCUCAGUGGAGGGACAUCAGGAUGGAGGGAUCCGUGUGGUGUGUCGAUCAUCCAGAUGGUACCCAGAGCCCGAGGCUCAGUGGAGAGAUCACCAGGGGCAGAUCUUACCAUCAGCCUCUAAAGAAAUAACCCCAGAGGCCAAUGGCCUGUUUCAAACAGAGAUUGCCAUUGUUAUAACAGAAGAGUCUAACGAGAAACUGUCCUGCUGUGUCAGGAAUCCCCGACUCGACCAGGAGAGAGAGUCAGCGAUUUCCCUGGCAGAGCUGUUUUUCCCAAGGGUCAAUCCCUCGAAAGUGGCUCUCUGGGUGAUCCUGGCUCUCCUGGCUGUUCUCAUGGCCCUGGCUGGUUACUGCUUCUGGAGGGGACACAGAGCAACAGAGACCCUGCGAUUGGAUAAGGAGAGCGAGAAAGAGACCCUGCUGUCUGAAUGGGAGAGAGAGAAAGGUCAGUGUGUGGGCCAGUUACAAAAUUAACAUUAUCCCCAUAAACACGACGGGGGAAGUCUCACCUC